UCCUCUUCAUUCAUGGCCUCCACCGUCCCUGACGAAAUUCUCUCGGCGAUUCUCCACCCAGUUUUCGACGUUCCUGAUUCUGAGUUUUCGGCCCAUUUCGCGCCAGUCCUCCAGCCCCGCUGGCGCUACCUGCUCGUUUGUUGCGCCUGGCGGCGCGUCGGCACUCCGCUGCUCUACCGCGUGGUCAUCCUCAAAUCCAAGGCCCAGGCGAAGACGCUCUCAACCACGCUUUCCGCCAGCCCCGAGCUGGGCAGGUACAUCAAGAAACUGCGUGUCGAGGGCGGGUACGGCGCGCUAAUGCUCCCCAUCUUGCGACACGCGCCACGCAUCACCGACCUCUUCCUCGUUGUCGAUAUCGUCACCCCCGAAAAGACUGAGGGGCUGUGCGCGGGGCUGUCGCUCGUCAGUCCGCGGCGGCUCAUCUUGCGGUCUGGUGAAUACCAUCGCAAGCCGUGCAAAGCGCUGACUGAGCUGCUUGACGCGCUGGUGGAAGCGAUCGUCAACUGGGAUUUGCUCACAGUCUUCGAGUCUGCAUUCGUGUUCCUCUCCCCGAAAACCAAACGCAUUCUGCAGGCGCUCGCGGCUGCUGACCGGCUGCGGGUCCUGCGUGUGGCGAAUCUGUACCACGCGAACUGGGUAUAUAAAGAGCUCGCGGGCUGUUCGCUGGAGGCCGUCGAGCUGACGUUGCCGUAUUCGGAAAACAGUCUGGUAGCAGCCCCAGGUCCAGAGUUGCAAUCUCUCUUGAGGUUCUCGGACCAGUAA